UCUGCGCUACUGGGUUUGUGGAAAGUUUGAUCGACACCGACUGCUAGUCGUGUUGAAAGAAGGCUCAAACUGUAACUACUUUUCAAUAUUUUGACUUUUCUCCGCCGUGUCAAGCGCUGUUUUUCUAUGAACCUUUGACUUGAGAAUCCAUUGCUUGAGGCAGCAGCGCAUUUGUGUGAAUUAGCGGCUUUCGAAAAGAAACCAUAUCUGGUCAAAGUAUUCAGCUGUCACAUGCGCUAUAUAUAGUGUGGGAUAAGCGCUGUCUGAAGUGCUGUGGUUGGGGGAGCUCGACUGUUCCUGUCUUUUUUUCCCUUUCUUCUGUCCACUUCUUCUAUUUGAUCUUGUUCACCAUGUUCCGUAAAGAGAUGGACAAGUACCGGGAUGUGGAUGAGGAUGAGCUCUUGCAGAAGCUCAGUGAAGAAGAGCUCAGGAGACUUGAAGAUGAACUUGAAGAGCUGGAUCCCGAUAACGCACUGUUGCCGGCAGGAUUCAGACAGAGGGAUCAGACUAAGAAAGCUCCGACCGGAACGUUCCAGAGAGAUAACCUUCUAGCUCACCUGGAGAAACAGGCCAAAGAACAUCCAGAUCGAGACGAUCUUGUUCCCUACACUGGCGAGAAAAGAGGAAAAGCAUGGGUGCCUAAGACCAAAGGUGUUGACCCUAUCCUGGAAGAUGUCACUCUGGAGCCUGAACUAGAGGAGGCGCUAUCUAGUGCUACUGACGCAGAAUUGUGCGAUAUAGCAGCCAUUUUGGGCAUGCACACUCUGAUGAGUAAUCAGCAGUAUUAUGAAGCAUUGGCCAGCAGUACUAUCGUCAACAAACAAGGCUUAAACAGUGUAAUCCAGUGUACUCAGUAUAAGCCUGUGCCAGAUGAGCAGCCCAAUGACACAGAUGUAGAGGAAACACUACAGGGAAUCAAGAGAAAUGAUCCAGACCUUGUUGAGGUCAACCUAAACAACAUCAGGAAUAUUCCAAUCCCAACUCUGAAAGCGUAUGCUGAAGCUCUAAAAGGGAACAGUGUUGUGGAACGCCUGAGCAUCGUUGGCACCAGAAGUAACGAUCCUGUGGCCUUUGCUCUAGCAGACAUGCUGAAAGUGAACACCACUCUAAAGAGUCUAAAUGUUGAGUCAAACUUCAUUACUGGAGCUGGAAUUCUGGCACUCGUGGAAUCUUUAAAGUGCAACACUACACUGCAGGAGCUAAAGAUUGACAACCAGAGCCAGCCUUUGGGUAAUAAGGUUGAGAUGGAGAUAGCUAACAUUUUGGAGAAGAACACUACUCUGCUGAAGUUCGGAUACCACUUCACCCAGCAGGGCCCACGCUUGCGUGGAUCUAAUGCCAUGAUGAACAACAAUGACCUGGCACGUGUAGUUCGGUCGGACUCAGAUGGAGCGAUCACAUUCACACUGUCAGUCCCUGAGCUGGAAAGAGCCUUCUGUAAAAAGUUCAAGUUCACAUCAAAACUCAAUAAGAAAGAGAAGGCUUGAAGGAGGACCCAUCUUUCCUAAAUGUCGGACAAAUGUGUAGCAGCAUCGGGAACCCUCUAUGGCCUGGGACCUGCAUCACACCCCAUCUCAUCCAAAAUCCUCCCUACAUUUCUGUCCCUUUAACAGAUAAAUCACAGGAUCAUCUAAAAAAAAAAAACA